CGGGACGCCGCGGCAGGGGCGGAUGCGCGGGCGGGCGGCGGGGCCGCUGCGCCGGGGGCUCCGCGGGAGAGGCCGCCAGUACCCCAGGUCUAACCAUCAAAUAUGAUCCUUUGCGUGCUACACGAAAUUCCUUGAGUACUUCUUCUGCCAUUUGGCCACAUGGCUUCAACUACAAUGCAACAAGCUUUAGAACUGGCAUUGGAUCGUGCUGAGUAUAUUAUUGAAAGUGCCCGUCAGAGACCUCCCAAAAGAAAAUAUUUAUCCAGUGGAAGAAAAUCUGUAUUUCAAAAACUUUAUGAUUUAUAUAUUGAAGAAUGUGAAAAAGAGCCUGAGAUAAAGCAGAAGCUGAGACGAAAUGUGAACUUACUUGAGAAGCUGGUUAUGCAGGAGACGUUGUCAUGUCUGGUGGUAAACCUCUAUCCAGGAAAUGAGGGUUAUUCACUGAUGCUCAGGGGAAAAAAUGGUUCAGAUUCUGAGACCAUUCGUUUGCCUUAUGAAGAAGGAGAGCUGCUUGAAUAUUUGGAUGCAGAGGAACUACCACCUAUUUUGGUUGAUCUUUUGGAAAAAUCUCAGGUUAAUAUUUUCCAUUGUGGAUGUGUCAUAGCAGAGAUACGUGACUAUAGGCAGUCUGGUAACAUGAAAUCUCCAACAUACCAAAGCAAGCACAUUCUUUUGCGACCUACAAUGCAGACUUUAAUUUGUGAUGUGCAUUCUAUAACAAGUGACAACCACAAAUGGACGCAGGAAGACAAACUCCUACUUGAGAGCCAACUUAUUUUGGCUACAGCAGAGCCUUUGUGUCUUGAUCCUUCAAUAGCAGUGACCUGUACUACAAACAGACUCCUGUACAACAAGCAGAAGAUGAACACUCGCCCCAUGAAACGGUGCUUCAAAAGGUACUCAAGGUCCUCUCUGAACAGACAGCAAGAAGUAGCUCACUACUCAACUCCACCUCAGCUCAGACUACUUGACUACUUACAGAAAAGGAAGGAGAGGAAAGCAGCCCAGCAGUAUGAUCUUAAAAUUUCAAAAGCUGGAAAUUGCGUAGAUAUGUGGAAACAGAACCCUUGCUACUUGACUGCUCCUUCUGAAGUAGAUGUGGAAAAAUAUGCCAAAGUGGAAAAGUCUAUCAAGUCUGAUGACUCACAACCAACUGUCUGGCCAGCACACGAAAUGAAGGAUGAUUAUGUGUUUGAAUGUGAAGUUGGUAAUCAGGUUCAAAAAACAAAACUGACCAUUUUUCAGUCUCUUGGCAAUCCCUUGUACUAUGGUAAAAUUCAGACGCUCAAGGGUGAUGAGGAAAAUGACAACCUAGUAACUCCAUCACAGUUCCUUAUUGGUUCGAAGACUGAUGCUGAAAGGGUGGUGAACCAGUACCAGGAGUUAGUGCAAAAUGAAGCUAAAUGUACUGUGAAAAUGUUUCAUAAUUCAAGUGGAUCAGUCAGUCAUCUUUCUCCAGGGAAGGAAAUGGAACAGCCAGAAAGUGUAUCAGGCUCUGUUCAGUCGUCAGUACUGGGGAAAGGUGUAAAACACCGACCUCCUCCUAUCAAAUUACCUUCAAGUUCAGGAAGUAGCUCUUCAGGUAAUAUUUUUAGUUCACAACAGUCAAGUGGCCAUCUAAAAUCCCCAACUCCACCUCCUCCUUCUAAGCCUCCUGGUCUUUCUCGGAAACAAUCUAUGGAUCUUAAUCAAGUUAGCAUGCUCUCUCCAGCUGCCAUGUCUCCUGCGAGCUCUUCACAAAGGUCUGGAACUCCUAAACCAUCUACUCCUACUCCAACCAACACCCCUUCAUCGACCCCACACCCUCCUGAUGCUCAGAGCUCAACUCCUAUUACCCUUUCUGCCACCCCUACUCCCCAAGAUUCAGGCUUCACCCCUCAGCCCACUUUGUUAACCCCAUUUGCUCAGCAGCAAAUGUCUCUGAGCCAGGCACUGCCUGUAAUGACCAUUCCUCUUUCCACCAUGGUAACAUCCAUUACUACAGGAACAACCUCCACCCAGGUCAUGGCAAACCCUGCAGGACUUAACUUCAUCAAUGUAGUGGGCUCUGUGUGUGGAGCACAGUCACUGAUGAGUGGUUCAAACCCUAUGUUGGGGUGCAACACUGGUGCCAUAGCCCCUGCAGGUAUAAAUCUGAGUGGCAUUUUACCCCCAGGAGGUCUGGUACCAAGUGCGCUGCCCGCUGCAAUGCAAUCUGCCUCCCAAGCAGGCAGCCCAUUUGGUUUGAAAAAUACAUCAAAUCUUCGGCCCUUAAAUCUUCUACAGCUUCCAGGUGGUUCACUUAUUUUUAACCCACUCCAGCAGCAGCUGUCACAGUUUUCUCCACAGCAACAAUGUCAGCAGCCUACAACCUGUAGUCCUCAGCAACAGGGAGAACAGGGGUCUGACCAAGGUCCAUCCAAUCAAGAUCAGGCAUUAUCUGCCCAACAAGCUGCUGUAAUUAACCUGACUGGAGUAGGGAAUUUUAUGCAACCUCAAGCCACAGUGUUGUCUCAGCUUGGCUCUGCCGUGAACAGACCUGGGCAAAGCCUUCCUCAGCAGAGACUCCAGAUCUCUUCUGCCUUGCAACAGCAACAGCAAGCCUUGCAGCAGCAGCAGCAACAGAUACAACAGUUGCGAUUCUUGCAGCAUCAAAUGGUUAUGGCAGCGGCAGCAGCACAAGCAGCUCACCUGCAUCAUCAACAGCAUUCAGGCAGCCACUCAAAAAGUAAAAGGAAAAGAGGCACACCAGCCCCUCCAAAAUCAUGAGACUUGCCUCCCCCCCAAAAAAAAUUGAUUCGAAGGGGAUUUUUUUUUUCAGAUUGUUAAAGAAAAGGCUUAUAAUAAAAUUAGUGUUUUAUAUUACUGGUGGGAAAAUGAACUUUUAACAUUACACUAAAAGAAAUGAACUGAUUUUGGAAGCCAACCUUACAGAACUUAGAAAUUUCAGCUAUAAAGCGGCUAGGAUCUGGUUUCCUCUAGUCACUUAAUUUUUUAACAGAAUGUUUAUCUUGUAUUUUUUACCACUCAACAACAUUGUACAUAGAAUAAGGGUGAAAAACAUUUUAGAAAAAAUGAACUUUGUAAAUGUAGUAUUGGUAUUUGUUUAUUUAGUAUAAAAGGUUUGUGAACACUGUAACAAAUACAAUUUUUACAAAUCCA